UUAAUCGAUUAGCCGAAAGUCGACUUUUAGAUCCCUAAGCCUAGAGAUACAUAAAGCUAUUUAGUUAUUUAGUAAUUUAAAAUAGAAUUGGAAUUUAUGCGAAUUCAGCGAUAAUGUCUCAGCGCCCGGCAUCUCGCAUUGAUCGCUUCGCUCAGAUGAGCAAGCAAGAGGAGUUAAUUGCAAAAAAACGUCAAGAAAUAUUGGAAAAACAACGCACCGCGGAGUUGGCUAAAGCGGUGGUGGCCGCACAGGCGUUAGCUAACAAAUUGAAGGCAGGAUCUGCAGAAAAUGAAAAAGAAACAGAAAAGAAAUCAUCCGAUGUAUCAGAGGAUGAGUCAAAAACGGUGGAACCUACUUCACAGGAAAUUGCAACCGCAACGGCGACCGCCGCCUCGUCGUCGACUGCCUCCACCACCUCUGCCACAGCCACUAAGUCAAGUGUCACUAGUAAAAUGACGGGUAAAAUGUAUGGAGGAGCUGGAGUCAAAAGGCCGACAAUAGCAGCGCCAAGCGCCGAGCAACCACAAGUUAAAAUACAAAAUAGUUUUUGUAAUGAUGGCUCAUUUUUGGAGAAUUUCAAAAAGAUUUUGGAAAAGCAGCAACAGCAACAACCAAAACCUAUAAUAGUGGUUCCCGAAGCAACAACAAAUACAAAUGCUGACGGAGAAAACUCUGCAACCUCGGGGUCGGCAGAACAAACUGGCGUUCUCCAAUCGCAUGCUCAUCAACAGCAGCAGCAGCAACAACAGCAGGCGAUGCCUCAUCAGCUUCAGCAACAGCAACCACCACAAAUUCCACAUCCACCCACAAUGCCACCAACAUCACAGCCAAUGCAAUUUUCCUUUAAUCCCGCCUUAAUUGCAGCACCAAAUCAUCUUAUCUUGCAAGAUCCGAAUGCAACAUCAGUACAACCAAUGCCCAUGCCACCGCAUACAGCGGCGGCAUAUUUCAAUCCAGCUGCCAUAGCAGUAUCGGGAGCUCCACAAUUUGUGCCACCACCACCUCCGCCCACAACAACGGUAGCCGCCGCAAUGCUGCUGCCAAUGCCUGGGGUAACAGUGGCACCACCACCACCUCCUCCGCCACCUCAGUUGCCUCUCAGUUUGGCCAGUUUAACGCCACUGUAUAUGAUACCGGCACCGGAGCCCUUACAAUUGAAUACCAUACCGCAGCCAAAGGAGUUUGAUUUGAGUGCUAUACCAAAGCCCCAGUUAAAUUUAGAAGCAAUACAAAUGCCAGCUAAUAAUGCACAAGAGCCAAAUAUAAGGUCGGACUAUGAAGCUCAUCAGCAGCAACAGCAGCAGCGAUUAGAGGCGGAACAACAACAUCAACAACAGCAGCAGCAGCAGCAACAACACCAACAGGUACAACAGUCAAUGCAACAGGAUAUGGAACAACAUCAACAGUUGCAAGAGCAAAUGCUGCAGCAGCAAAUUCAGGAUCAAAGGCAACUACAACUUCAACAGCAACAACAACAGCAAAUGCAAGAACAAAUGCUUCAACAACAACAAAUGCAGGAUCAAAGACAACAGCAACAAUUUCAUAACCAACAACAACAGCAGCAGCAGCAAAUGGCUCAUCAACAACAGCCAGAUUUUCAACAAAACUCCCAAGUAGUUUUUUCAGACAAUAACCCGCUCGACAAUAACAAAUGCAUACAAUUACCAACAUCCAUAGAAAAUCUUAUCGAUUUGGUGGUCGAUAACGGUGAUGCAUAUGAAGAAACAUUGCGCGGCUAUAAAAAUCAAUUGCAUCCGGCAUUGUGGUUCCUAAGUGAAAAAUCUUCGGAACAAUAUCACCACUAUCGCCAGGAAAUAAUCGAUCGACGUCAGGAAAAGCUCAAAGAGCAACAACAAAAGGAAUAUGAGGAAAUGGAACAGGAGAAAAAAGCCAAUCCUGGCAACUAUCGUCAACGUCGGCCUUUCUAUUCCAUGGAGGAGGAUAAAUACGAUCCUGAAUCGGUGAUAAGUGCCGAUAAUGAUUCGGACGAUGAAUAUCGUCGUGGCAUGAUGGAUCGUAAUACGGACAACAUAAAACGUCGCAUCGAAUGCCGCAAUGAACUGAGUGAGGAGGAACGUCAGGAGCGAGAAGCUGAAGAGCAGGAAGAGCUGCGUAGAAUGGAGAAGAAGAAAUUGCGUAAAAGUCGUUGGGGUGGCAAAGUUGAAGUACCGGAGAGUUCCUCAUCCUCAAGCGUUCCCAGUAGUUUUGGUAAUCAAAAUAAACCUAUGCUGUCAACCAUUACCCGAAGUGAUCCUGCACUGUUACAGUAUGCUAAACUUAAUUAUGGUUCCACAAAUCUCAGCGAAGAAGAUUGGGCAAAGUGUGAAGAGCACUAUAAAGUUAAUUUACUCUACCAGGACAUGAUGCGUAAACGCCAGGAAAUUGAUCGCCUGGCUAAAAGCGGAAAGUUCAAAUAUGAAUAUGACUCAGAUGAGGACAUUGAAGGCGGCACUUGGGAACAUAAGCUGCGACAAGCUGAAAUGGAUGCCACUCGCAUGUGGACGCAGGCUUUAACAAAGCAAAGUGAGGGGAAACAUCACAUUGGCGACUUUUUGCCACCAGAAGAGCUGAAGAAAUUUAUGGAGCAAUACGAGGCCAAGAAAAAUAAUCGACAACCCGAUUUGAGUGACUACAAAGAGUACAAAUUGCGGGAGGACAAUAUUGGUUUCCAAAUGCUACAGAAAUUGGGCUGGAAAGAAGGCCAAGGUUUAGGACAAGAUGGUGCGGGUAUAGUGGAUCCAGUUAAUAAGGGCCCUCAACGCGAGGGAAACCAAGGUUUGGGAGUUGCCAAUGCUGCCUCACCCGAAGAUUGCGACAAUGAGUAUGAUGCAUACCGUAAACGUAUGAUGUUGGCCUAUCGCUUUAGACCUAAUCCCUUGAAUAAUCCCCGCAGAGCAUAUUAUUAAAUUAACCCAGGAGCUAUUUGUAUUGUGUGGGAUGUAGCGGAAUUUCUCCACUUGGAAUUUUAUUAUUCAAAUUGAUACUUACUUUAAGAGAUAAAGAGGACAUCCUAUUCUAUUUUUUCGUUGUGUUCCCAACCACUUGCAGCAAAUGAAAAUCAUGUCUAUAAGAAAUUGAAUUGAACUAUAUGAACUUAAUUUAAAUAAACAUUGUAUUUGUUUAGAGAACAUAUUAACUAAAAAACUAGCUUGUUAUUGAAAACAAGAAGAAAACAAAAAUCGAAUCUAAUUAAUAAUACUCUUAUUGUUUUAAAAUUA